AUGGGUUCAACAGUAUCUAGAGAAAGUCCGUCAAAUAGACCAACAUUUACCGUUCAUGGUCGUCUAUAUCGUAUUCUGGAUGUCAUCGGUCAAGGUGCUGCAGCUACAGUAUAUCGAUGUGAAGACCAAAAUGGUGAUCAAUAUGCUGUUAAAGUUUUUGAUUUUUCACCUCCUCAUCGAUCACCAACAGUUCAACGUGCUCAGAAUUUUGACAAAGAAGCACGUAUUUUAAAAUUUAUGAGCAGACGUUCACGCCAUUUUGUGUAUUUGUAUGAUUAUGAAUAUAAUCGUCAUGAAAAUCUAGGCUAUAUGAUCAUGGAAUUAGGUGAAGGUAGUUUAAGAGACAAACUAGUAGGACUACCAUUAAAUGAUCGACAUCGAAGAAUAUAUUGGAAACAGAUUGUCGCCAUCUUGAAAGAUCUUCAAAAUUCAAAUGUUGUCCAUGCUGAUAUCAAACCUGAUAAUAUAAUUCUAGUUAAUAAUGUGCUUAAAUUAACUGAUCUAGGUAUUGCCUUCCGUGUUGCUACACCCAUUAAUACAGUUCGACGAGGAAGAAUUCAGGGCACUCUAGAUUAUAUGGCACCUGAGGUAUUUUCUCAUCAGUCAGGUGUAAAAUCGGAUGUAUGGUCGGCUGGUAUUAUUCUGUAUGAAAUGACCUAUGGUCGUCCUCCAUUUUAUGGUAUUUUUGAUCGAAAUGAAAAAGCGGCUGCUAUAGCAUCAGGAACACCUAUACUAUUUUUUCCAGAGAGAAACCGGUAUUUAGUUGAUUGUAUGAGGCGAUGUCUUCAACCUAAUCCAUAUGCACGACCGAAUUCACAUCAUUUAGUAGCACAUCCGUAUACCAGAAUGUAG